AUGUCAACGACAUCUGAAGUUGAUGCCGAGUGCACACUCCUCGAGCAGAAUUUGACUAAAGUGAAUAAUUUGACUAACUCAAUGAGCUCAAUGGUGUUUAGUCUAGAGGAUAGGAUGACUAGACUCGAGGGUGCGGUAACUCCGCUGCAAUCAUCGACCAAUGGUUUGGAUGUUGUCUGUAGGAACAUUCAAUCCUCACUCAACGCCAUUGAUAGCGAUCAAAGACUAUCAACGAUCACCAGCGAUGACGAACAAGCAAUUAUCGCAGGUGCUGAUUCAAAUGAUAUUAGACCUUACUUGAAAUUAGUUUGUUCGCUAUGCAAUCAACUUAAACACCUAAAACACUCCCAAUGGUCUUCUUCUAAGAAUGCUGCCACCGAUCUCAAGAACCAUGUUCAAUCAGGUACACAAUCCCUAUUAAGGGUGUUUCAGGGCUGGGUUAGAGACGUAAGCAUCCCAAUUGAUGCCGAUAGCUGGAAUCUCUUGGAUUUCCCGGGUAUACCUCAACACGCCGUCGCGAGGUUAAGUGCCUUUAUUGAUGCUGUUUAUCCUAUACUAGACCAACUAGAUGACUCUGCGUAUACUCAUCCUUCUAUCAUUUACUCCUCUGAACGCGCACGCUACUUAAACAUUUCUCUCCAGCCAAUCUACAAAAAGUCUCAAUUUUCACUUGAUGCUCAUUCUAAAUCUGGUCCACUUGGUACUCCUUUAUAUCUAAAAGGUUCUCAAUCUCUUUCAUCCCUCAUAAAGACUGCAAUAGCAAUGGCUGACGUCGAGUGGCUCUCUGUCGUUGCUUUGUUUGGCAGGUGUGUUGAUGAUACAGGCGAUAAGAAGGAAACAAAUCCCUCAGAUUACUCAUCUCACUCAAUCCAUUCCCCCUUUACCUCUGCAAUUGCACCAGCUGCCACUCUCAUCCACUCCGCUACUUCAAACAUAUUCUCUCUUGCACGUUCAACCCCUCUCAAACACAUUUUCCCUGUCUUAGAUGUUAUUGAAGGUGUUACUCCACUCGCUGAGCCCUGGGACAAAGCCGUCACUGCGAGAUGCACUCAGCCAUCCACCAACCAAGUCGCCGCUUUGGUUGAGGAGUGUCGCUCAAUCGCCCUGCACAGCUUUUCCGAUGUUAUCAAGCGCGUGCGCUUGCAUAACGAAGAGAAACACAUGACGGAUGUGUCAGUAGUGACGAAUGAUACCAUUGCAUAUCUCAAAGAAAUACCCGCAUAUUCCAACACUAUGGAGCAGCUCCUGAGGCGUGUGGAGUGGGGGGGAAGGAGUGAACAACGCGCACCACGCGCCAACCUCCUCGAGAAUUACCUCCGUGAUGUACUCACUAAUCUGAUAACCACACUCACGCACCUCAAACCAAAUGCCUACACUACCAUUUACACGCUCAACAAUCUCUCAGUGCUGCGACGCGAGCUGAUAGAAGCUUGCGAGCCGGUAUCACUCGACCCUAGCAAAGCCGACUCCCCCUCAAACCGCGACAUAGGAGAUCUUUUAGGUGAAGCAGCUGAAGAUGCACUCAACGACGCUUUGCGGACGUGGCGCAUGGCGUAUCUCGACGCAGUGUGGAAACCGUCCCAGGUGGCGCUGACGUCGGAUGAGCUGAGCACCACAAAUCAAGGGCCACACGUCCCCACGGCAUUAGGGGGGAGUGCCGAACGUAAACAGCUCAUCAAGGAUAAGUUCAGCAGAUUUAACGAGGCAUUUAGCCAUCUCGAAAGCUUGCAUACCAAGCACCCCGUCGCCAAACGCGACAAAACGCUGCUUGGCAGACUAGGCAAGGAGUGCAAAGCUAUGCUCCUACCUCCAUACGCUACGCUCUGGGGUAAAAACCAGUCGGGGGACUUUGCCAAGACACCGUCAAAGUAUAUGCGCAUCACACCUGAUCAGCUCGAGGCGCGUAUUGAUGGGUUGUUUGUGUAG